AUGGCUGACUGGGACGACGUGACCAAGAUUGGCAGCCGAACCCGUGGCGGCGGCUCCGCCCAGCGUGAGACCGUCGUUCGCAGCGCUGCUGCCCUGAACGCUGCGAGACGAGCCGGAGGCGCCAUCUCGACCGAGAAGAAGUUCGCCGCUGGUAACGCUGCCACCAAGCCCGGCGUCGAGGGCCAGCGCCUGACCAAGGUCGACCGCAGCGACGACAUCAUCAAGCCCAACACGAUCGGCAAGGACGUCGGCGACGUCAUCAGCAGGACGCGGCAGCAGAUGGAGCCCAAGAUGACCCAGAAGGACCUGGCCACCAAGUGCAACACGACGCCCUCGGUCGUCGCCGACUUCGAGCGUGGCACCGCCGCCCCCGACCAGAAGAUCCUCGCCAACAUGGAGCGCGUCCUCAACGUCAAGCUGCGUGGCUCGGGCAUCGGCGAGCCCAAGUUCAAGAAGAAGGCUUAA